UCCUAUUGACGAUGUUUUUUGCCUAUGUGAUAAACGUGAACGCAUUGCUCUGUGGAAUCCCGCGACAAGCGCAUUCAGGGCUCUACCAUUGUGGCGCACGAAGUUGUUUCUGUGUGACUGGAUCCCUUGUCCCUGCGGCUUUGGAUUCGGGUUAGAUCCCACCAGUGAUGAUUACUAGGUAGUUUGGAUUCGGACUUUUGAUGACAGGAACACCGAUAAAUGGAGCCUAUUGAUGGAUCCCAUACAUGCUGCUGUUACACUUUAAGCACAUAUUCAUGGAAAGAUUUCAAGGGUGAUCGAUAAGAAUUGGAUUAUAUUUCAUUAUAGUAGGCGUAGGCGUAAGGAUUAGAAGUUAUUUGUCAUUAUGCAUUUCAGGAGUUUAGUUGUCAUUACGACUAUUUAUUUCUUUU